AUGGCAAAAGCUACUGCUAUCAAGUUUGCACUCAUGACAGAUUUGCCCAGGGAGCUCUACGAAGGUAUCAUCGAUUACCUUUGGGAUGACCGAUCCUCCCUCGCAGCGAGCGGUCUCGUAUGCCGUGCAUUGCGUCCACAGGUUCGAUCCCACCUAUUCCACUCGAUCCAUCUUCAUCGCGGAAACUACGACACAUUCUGGGAACUCGUUCAACAAGCUCCCGUGCUUGGAUCAUACGUUCGUAGCCUCUGUAUCCAUAUGACGGAAGCGCGGUUUUCGUCCAUACUGCACAAUCUUACCGCCCUGCGGGAGUUGACUAUUCGAUGGUGGUUUGCAGAUGCGAUGGUACAGGACGUCUGGCUGGCGUUUUUCGGCUGCGUUGGGCUGGUGGAGGCACUGUGUCUUGAUCGACUCAUCGUCCCGCCAGAGUUUCUUGGGUCCCUGUCGCGGCUGUUAUGCUCCUGCCCAAGGCUCAAGAGCCUGAAGGUGUAUUGGUCCCGAGGAAUGUCCAUGCAAACCUUCUCGCUGCACCCUCUAUUGGAAGGAAUUACUCCGACGGAGAACGUUAUUCUCCAGGAUUUGACCGUCCAUUUCAGUCAAUACUCAAUCAUCGACUGGCUUCUCUGCGGGCCCCUUGCCAUACAGCUCCGUCAUCUCGAUAUCGCAUGGGAACGUGAUGCGGAAGUAGUGCAGACCUUGCUCAACAACGCCGGAUCCUCACUUGAGCGUUUGUCGCUCGCUCACAAGAAAUGCUCCUAUUCGCCGCCUAUGCAAGAGCUAUCACUAUCCGAACACAAGCGGCUGACGGGCCUCCAUUUUAAGCAUAUAUGGAUGCAUCAACAAGAAGACACCGGUUGGAUGGCUACUGUUCUAUCCACUAUCCGAUCAACACAAAUUCGCCAGAUCAUAUUCGAUUUAUGCACAGCCAUAUUGAACGAUAUUCUGAGCCUACCUUGGGCAGAUAUUGAUGGAACCAUCUCAUCUCUCGCCGUGAAACAGCCUGGGUUAGAAUUGACCGUCAAUAUUAUCAACAAUCGCUGGGACAGACGUCACCACACGCUCCCUGUCGAACUAGAAAACGCGAUUCGCCGCAGACUGCAAGGAUCACAGGCUGCUGGAUGGGAGGUGAACAUUAUAUACAGGAAAGAUCCACCGUCGGAGAAGGACGAGAUACUUAGACAAUCUUUUUGA